CUGGGCCGGCCUCGCAUAGUUUUUGAAUUUUGAUUUCUUUAAAAAGGGAUCUUUAAGCAAAGAAAAACCGGCCGAAAACGACACCGUCUGAGCAGAAAUGGUGAGAGGGCUGCAAGGAGGAGGCCAAAACCUCCCCGGCGACGUGUUACAGGUGAUCGAUCAGCUUGAGCGGCAUUGCUUGGCCCCCGAUGGAUCUCUGGUUUCCAAAUCCGCUAACUACGACCUCCAACUCGCGAGAGAGGAGAUGUCCCGAGAGAGGUUGCGGUACCUGGAGGCUAUGGCAAUUUACUGUGAAGCAAUUGCUAUGGUGGAAGAGUAUCAACAGGCUGUUUCUGUGGCUAAUCUUGGAGGGAUUCGAGAUGUCCAAGGGCUGUACCCGCAACUUGGAUUGAAGAGCUCUUCUCAGGUUUAUGAGACUCUAGAGCAUCGGUUGGUUGUUGCAGAAGCCGCUCAGAGAUUGAGGCUUCCUCUUAUAUCAAAAGAUGGGGAGAUUCACGAGAAAGAAAUUGAAAAGUGGAGUAUAAUGUCAAGGAGUUCCUUUGAUAGUACAAGUACCAGCUUUACAAUCAGCUCAAGUUCUAAUUCAAUAAAUUAUACAAAUAGUUCAGCAAACGGCACUUCUGGUGCAACAAGUAAUGCUCUUUCUGGCAGUACUAACGAUUCAGUGGAACCUGGAGUUGGGGGUGUCCCUAAUCGUUUUCUUGGUAUUACCCCUGCAUAUUUAUGGCAGACUCAGCUCCAACAAACACCAUCAUCCAAGGACAUGACUGAGUACCAGAUGUCCCUGUCGCGUGAAAUUGACUCUCGUUUGAAGGCUAAGUGCGAUAAAUUAGCGGAUGCCUUUGUUGAUGACAUUGACUCAUCACAUGGCAAUCAAAAUUCAACUGCUUGGCUUCCAGAAAGAGUUAAAUUGAUAAUUGAGGAGAUUGAAAGGGAAGAAACAGCUUUGCAAGAGGAUCUUUAUUCAGCAGAUAGAAAAUUUGCAGAAUAUUACAAUGUUUUGGAGCAGAUAUUGGGAGUGCUCAUCAAACUUGUCAAAGAUCUGAAGUUGCAACAUCAACAUGACUAUGAUGAAAUGCAGAAGACUUGGCUGUGCAAGAGAUGUGAGACCAUGAAUGCAAAAUUAAGGGUUCUGGAACAUGUUCUUCUGCUUGAAACUUAUACUCAAGAGUCAAUACCAGCCCUACACAAAAUAAGGAAAUAUCUAUUAGAGGCUACAGAAGAAGCCUCAAUGGCAUACAACAAAGCGGUCACACGUCUUCGUGAGUAUCAAGGCGUGGAUCCACACUUUGAUAACAUUGCAAGGCAGUACCAUGACAUCGUAAAGAAACUGGAAAACAUGCAAUGGACAAUCCAUCAAGUUGAAAUGGACCUCAAACGGUUACCAGAUCACCCAAGCUCUUAAGGCUUCAAUUUCGUUUUGUUUUAAUUAGCUGAAGUUCCAUUCUUUUUUGAUAUUCAAGGAAUUUCAUCUCCAGUCUGUUUGCUUGUUGUGUGUAAUAGCAGAUGUAAAUGACAAUGACUAUUGUGUUGAUUAACAGUAAGAUUUUCCAGAUACCGAUUGGUCGAAUUAUGUGGUGAACUCUUGUACAUUAGGAUAACAUUGGGAGGGGGUGAUGGAAGCUUUCAAUUCAUUACAAUGUAAGGCAGACUCUCCUGCCAAAUGGGCUGCUGUUAGAAGAUUGUCUACCAGCAUUUCCAGUUACAUAUUUCAGGAGAUUCAUCUUGGGUUGUAUAAUGGUCAAGUUCCUUCUUAUCAUAAUUUAAUUUUGGCCGUUA